AUGGAGGACUUUUCGAAUUAUUUGACCAGCACCCCUCCCGACAUGCAGCCCCAAUCGCCGAACCAACAACAGCAUUCGCAGUCAUCGAUGCAGAAUCAUAUGGCGAUGCAUCAUCAGCAACAGCAAGCUAUUAUUCAGCAAAUGCAGCAGCAGCAACAUCACCAUAUGCAGCAACAGCAGCAGAUGCAAACCCACCAGAUGCGACAGGGCCAGUCCCAACAGCCAGGUUCUGGCCAGUCCCAGCUCCCGUCUGGGCCAUUUGCAUAUCCUCCUCCGACCGCCCAGUCGACACCCUCGGUUAUGGCAUCUUCGAAUUUGACACCUCGCUCACUUGCUGAGGCGAUGGGCAUCGACUCGAGUGUGUUUUCGACGGAACUUUCAUUCCAACUCCCAUCGUUCCUGACUGGACCCACAGUCGCCCCCGGAGGCGGUGGCGACGUUGUUCCGGGCCCUGCAUCGAAUCUUGCAAGGUCUGACUCCUACUCCGAUGCAUGGUAUUCUGGGGUUACCCCUAAUCCUCACGCAUCUGGGUCCGACAUGAACUUGGGAGCGGGCGAUUAUCCAGGAUUUUCGCCGUACGGAAUCCAGAGCUCUCAGGAUGAACAGUACGAGUCGAGCGCACGCGAGAGAGCGGGGAUGAACCCGGGAGGCUUCUCACAGGAAGAAGCGUAUUCCAACUUCACUCCUGGCGAAAUGACUCUUCAGUCAUCGCAGGAUGUUCAGCCCCAGCUAGCUCAAUCGUCAAGUAUGCAGCCAUCCAGCUCGACUACAUACCCACCUUCAAACACGUCUGAAGCGUUCCAGCCUCUCCAAAUCCCUCGCGCUCCAACGCAAUCCCCCCCUCAAGGUGCUCCUAUCGGACCGCUGCCUGCAGCAACCGGUACGGUUAUGCCUGGGCUUUAUUCAACUUCAGGUUUCGAUAUGCUUGGAGUCCUCGCACGUGUUGCUUCUCGUCCAAACCCAAGGAUUGUUCUUGGGCCCGUCGACUUGACAUGCUCAUUCACGGUCGUCGAUGUCAAACGCUAUGAUCACCCGAUCGUCUACGCGUCGCCCACCUUCCACAGACUCACAGGGUAUGAGCAACAUGAAAUCAUCGGUCGCAAUUGCCGCUUCUUGCAGGCCCCGAACGGGAAGGUGGAGCGAGGCUCAACUCGGACGUACACGGACAACGCCGCAGUUGCCCACUUUAAAAAGAGUCUGUCUGCGGACAAAGAAUGCCAAGCCAGUUUAAUCAACUAUCGCAAGAAUGGUCAGCCCUUUAUCAACCUAGUGUCUAUCAUCCCUAUCACUUGGGACUCCGAUGAUAUUCGUUAUCACGUUGGGUUCCAAGUUGAUCUUGUUGACCAGCCUCAUGCCAUCCUGCAGACCAUGCGCGAUGGGUCUUACAUCGUCAAUUAUAGUCUUCAGUCGCACCCACAGCCGACUCUAUCGCCUGGCAGGGACAGAUUGGGUGCACUAAACCCCGAGCUGCGCCGGAUCAUUGCCAGCACAAUGUCUACCGGUGGAUUCAGCGGUGAGGAGCACGAGCGUCAGGACCUGAAUAUGAUGUUGCUAGAAAAUUCGGAUGAUUUCAUCCAUGUGCUAUCACUAAGGGGUGCAUUCCUCUACGUUUCUCCGAGUGUCCGUCACAUUCUCGAAUAUGAGCCUGAGGAGCUGAUCGGAAAGUGUAUAUCUGACGUCACGCACCCUUCCGAUAUCGUUCCCGUUAUGCGCGAGCUUAAGGACUCUUCUACGAUCGUCCAAGGGGGCGCGUCCGGAACUGGGCCCGUACAAAAGACCGUCGACUUGCUCCUGCGCGUACGUCGCAAGACGAGUGGCUACGUGUGGAUCGAAAGCCAAGGUCGCCUUCAUGUCGAGCCCGGGAAGGGACGCAAAGCCAUCAUCAUGAGCGGUCGAAAGAAGGAGGUACCUCGUUUGCAGUGGUCCAGCAUUGCGCGUGCUGGUGGACUCGGCGAUAAAGAGUUCUGGGUCCAAAUGUCUGUCGACGGCCUGGUCCUUGUUGCCAGCUCGGGUGUCCACGAUAUCAUGGGCUACACACCCAAUGAGUUCCUUGGCACAAGUUUGAUUGCAGAUCACCUUUUGGAGGAGUGGAAGCCCUCAAUACUGGCUCGUCUCGCGGCUGCGAUCUCCCCUACCCGCGCGAUAAGCUUCGCAUCUGAGUCUGCGAGACAUCCCGAGGCCAAUCUCGACCCUACGGCACCCGAAAUCGCUCGUUGCGUUAUGAUUUCUCGUCAAGGACAGCAGAUUACCGUUGACAUCUACUUCUACCCUCCACUCGCAUCUCUCGAUGAUGGUGCCCCUGGGGCCACUCCAAUGAUGAAAUCCGGCCCCGCCUCUCUAGUUUGUCAGAUUAAAGUUGUCUCGCCCGACUCUGCUAUGGGUCGUUCACGUUCGGGGACGAUGACUUCCAUGCCUGGUAACAGCAAUACUGCGGGAACCGACUUCCUCCAGUCCGGCGUCACCGACCAGCUACAAGGUCAUAUCGUGCAUGAUCUUACGUCCAAUGUGUUUGAGGAGCUCGAGACUACACGUAGCACUAGUUGGCAAUACGAGCUCCAACAACUCAAAAUUUCCAACAGGCGCAUGAAGGACGAGGUGGACUCGCUGGUUGAGCGUCUAUCUGGGGAAGGAAACGCGUCUGGGAGCCGCAGGCGAAGGACCCGAGACACGAUGGAAAGCGAAUAG